AUGUCUUCCGCCGACAACUCUACUGUCUCGUUGGUUCAAGAAAUUGUGGCCGAAGUGGCUGCCUCCACGGUCAGCAACUACAUCGCUCUCUCCAUAAUGACGUUUCUCGCCUUCGAAUGGCUGAUCACCGUGGGCGACGAGGUCAACCUCUUCUGGACAAAGAAAAAGACCGUGGCGACCGUGCUCUUCAUCCUCAACCGAUACACCCCGAUUCUCUACAUGGCAUCCAGCUUCUCUGGUGCGAACGCCUGGACUGACUCCAGCUGUAACGCGUCUGUCCUGACGUCGAUCAUGCUGGACGCCCUGCAGUACAUCCCUUGGGCGCUAUUCUCCGCAUUGCGCGUGCAUGCGACCACCGAAAAACGUUGGGAUGUCGCCAUUUUCGUGGCACUUCUUUCUUUGGCUCCCCUCGCUGAGGGCAUGGUACAUAUGACGUUCAUCCACGGAGAGAUCAUUCCUGGCUGGGGUUGUGGUGGAAUCGACACAGAGUCUCCCGCGUUGUCCGCCAUCUGUACGCUCUCCAUCGUCUCUCGGACGUCCCUAAUGCUCAGCGACCUCGUCGUCGUCGCCUCGGCCUGGGCAAUGACGUACCGGACCGGCGGCCUCCCCGAUAUGAAGGCGCUGACCGUCCCGUCCUUCUGCGCUCGCUUUCUCGUAAACGGUUCGAUCUACUUCGUCGUCCUGCUGGCCCUCAACGCGACGCACCUCGCUCUGAGCCUCCUCUCCGUCGCCAGGACCGGGCAAAGCGCAGCGGGGCCGACCCCGAGCUACGUCGUCUCGUUCACCGAACCGAUCACGGCGAUGCUCGUGUCGCGGUUCAUGCUCGACCUGCAGCGGGUCAAGGAGCGGUCGUGCGGCGCGCAGUACGGGGAGUCUUUCGCGACCGAGUUCGCGGGCGGGGAGAACGUCAACGUCCUCGGCUCUCUCGGGUCGACGUUGCGGACGGCGGACCUGUGGGCGGCAGACGCCGACGAUGCGUAG